GGUAGGCCGUACGGAGGGUAGAUAUCGACCUGGGCAGACUGAUUGGAAGCCCUGGCGAGCCUCUGGGUUGUCCAUGUCUUGAAACGUAGAUCUUCCAUGCCACUGGGACUAGGUACCUUGCACGCUAGUGGUGUGCAGCUGAUGACCGAGGUCUCCAACUGGCACAACUGCCAAAGCUGGAGGGGGAGGUACUGAAGAUAUCCGAACCUCGGCAAAACAGCGCCCUCACUUAACAAAUCCAUAUUAAGGGACUCGAUAUCAAUGCAGCGAACAGCAAUCCCAAAUCAGAUAUUUAAAAAGCUGUUUCUCCAUAUAGUCGUUCCGUAUUCCCUAGACCUUGGACUCCCGGAACUGUAACCAGAAACGGAUACCAAACGAGGCCCCUUGCCCACGUGAAUCGUGCACCAAACGCCUCAAUGAGUGACCGGCCAACCUUGGUUAAACCCCCGCCGGAAGAUCCAAACAAGGCACCAAUCGAGAAUGUCUUGGACGUAACAGAACUGGGCGUCCUCGGGCCCAACAUCUUCACCAACACCCGCAAACCAUGGCAGCCACCCGGCGCCCGGGGCAUCUACGGCGGGGCCGUGAUAGCCAUGAGCCUCUCGGCGGGCCAGCGGACGGUGCCGGAUAAUUUCACCGUCCACAGCUGCCACUGCUACUUCCUCCUGGCCGGCUCCGACGAGCUGCCCAUCCUCUUCCACGUCGAGAAGGUGCGCGACGGCCGCUCCUUCGCCACGCGCACCGUCCAGGCCCGCCAGCGGGGCCGCUGCAUCUUCACCACCACCAUCUCGUUCGCCCGCGAGGACUCCGGCGGCCGCCCGGACAACCAGGUGCGCCACUCGGCUCCCAUGCCGACCGGCGAGGACGGGCAGCCGCUCCGGCCGCCGCCGGACGACUUCGACGGCGAGCCCGACAUGUUCGCCACGGGCCCCUUCCAGAACUACCGGAUCGACAUCCUCAACGGCGACAGCCCGCAUCCGCACCUCAAGAAGACGCGGCAGUGGUUCCGGGCGCGCGGCGCCAUCUCGGCCGAGGGCGGCCACCAGGCGCACAUCGACGCGCUCGCCUACGUGUCGGACAGCUACUUCAUCGGCACCAUCACGCGCAUCCACCGGCUUUGGCGCUUCCCCUUCAAGGUCGAGGACGUGGGCCAGCUGGCGCCCGACCUGCAGGACUACGUGCGCAAGCUGAACAGCUGGGAGGGCAUGGGCUCCAGCGUCGACGACCUCCGCGGCCGCCCCGAGGUCGGCAUGAUGGUCAGCCUCGACCACACAAUCUACUUCCAUGAGCCCAGGCGCGUGCGCGCCGACGACUGGAUGCUCUCCGAGAUGGAGAGUCCCUGGGCCGGAGACGGCAGGGGUGUCGUCACGCAGCGCAUCUUCGCCAAGGAUGGAACACUGCUGGCGACCUGUAUACAAGAGGGGCUUGUCAGAUUAAAGGACAAGGAAGAGGAUGUAAAAAGCAGCGAGUCCAAAUUAUAGACUUGUUUUAUAAGUAAACAUUCCGUCUUGUUAGAAUGUAUUUUCUAUGCACUUGGGGGCGCUUUGGGAUUGCAUGAGCUUGUUAAAGUCGUGUAUAUGCUUUUGAGGAAGAUAGAAUAGAUGAAGUGCUUUAUGCGCUACAGCUCGUCACACUGGAGAUCUGCUUUGUCCAUGGAAAAUGGGAUUGGUAUGUGUACUGUAUGCCUCAGGGUGAUAGGCCCCGUGUUGCUUACAGCGGAUGCAAAGGUCGAUGAAUUCCCCAAACUGUUAUCCCCAAUGGGAAUCAGACCCUCUUAAGGACGGACCACCAAUUGAAGUAACCAUAUAUGCUUCAAGCGGUUCUUAGUUACCUAUACCUCUUGUCCCUAGUAAACUCAAGGCGUCAGGAUUUGCCCAUGUACCUAGGCAGUCAAUCGUCGUCGAAAAGUGCC